AUUGUUGUAAGAAUAUCGAUAACUGCUUAGUGCAAUAAGUUUUUGUACGCUACGUACUGAGAACUUGGAGAUUAUAAUUAUUUUGACCUUAGCAUAUAGAAGAAUUAUUAUAAAGAGCAUUAUCAGAAAAUUUGUUAAAAUGCUAAUAUAAAUACAACUUUUUAUUUUGGAUAUACGAAAUAAAAAAUAAAUGGAUGAUUGAAAUUUAAGAAAUAAUUUUUAAAAAAUUUAAGAUAUAAUUUUAAAAAAAUUUAACAUUCUGGAUCCUUCGGACCUUAUAUAUACCCCAAAGGAAUGUUGUAAUAAACCAUUUUUUUAUUUUUGUCGUUCAAGACUAAUCACACUAUUUGACGUGAUUACGUAUAUCGAAAGAUCAAAGAAUUGCACACAAAGAAAACAAGGCAAAUGUCAAACCUAAAGGCGAAAAUGGAGCGAACAACUAUUGAUAGUUAUAUAUAUGGAACAAGUACACAUUCUCCAGUAAAGUCCGAACAAUCGAAAAACGCUAAACUAGAUUCAUCUGAUGUAUAUAUUGAAAGCAAUAAAAUUUUUCCUUCUUCAAAAUGGGUAAAAUUGAAUGUUGGAGGAAAGGUGUAUGUAACUACAUUGUGUACGUUAGUUAGUAAGGAGCCGGAUAGUAUGUUGGCACGUAUGUUCUCUCAGGAUGGGAUGUUACCUAGUGAACAAGAUGAACAAGGUGCCUAUCUCAUUGAUCGUAGCCCUCACUACUUUGAACCAAUUAUCAACUACUUGCGGCAUGGGCAACUUAUUGUGGACGCUAACGUGAGUCUAGAGGGUGUUUUGGAGGAAGCUAGAUUCUUCGGUAUAUACUCCCUUAUUACUCAGUUAGAGCCACAACUUCUACAAAUUAAUAGAUCAAUAGACGAUAUACCACUCACUCGACGGGACGUUAUUAAAGCUUUGAUACAAACUCCGCAUGCUAGUGAGUUACGUUUUCAAGGUGUAAAUCUUGCUGGUGCUGACUUGCGUAAGCUUGAUUUUCGCAACAUAAAUUUUAAGUAUGCUUGCAUGCAAAGGUGUAAUUUAUCGCAUGCCAAUUUGACAUAUUGCUGCUUGGAGCGAACGGACUUAGCCUAUGCAAACUUGGAAUGCUCACAGCUGGUGUCAGUUAAGGGUUUGUGUGCCAAUUUGGAAGGUGCCAACUUGCGUGGUUGUAAUUUUGAAGAUCCGACCGGUGUACGUACUAAUCUAGAAGGGGUUAAUUUAAAAGGUGCAUGCCUGGAAAGUAGUAAUAUGGCAGGAAUAAAUUUGCGAGUAGCCAAUUUAAAAGAUGCCAACAUGAAGAACUGUAAUUUGCGGUCUGCAGUACUCGCCGGAGCAGAUUUGGAACGUUGUAACUUGUCUGGUAGUGAUUUGCAAGAGGCCAACCUACGAGGUGCUAAUUUAAAAGACGCCGAAUUGACUCUCAUGGUUACGCCACUACAUAUGGCACAGGCCAUUCGAUGAGGGGUAGCUACAUUGAAUGUUAAAAUUCCCUACCUUAAAUUUCCUGUGAUUUAAAACUCUAUCGAUUUCCUGCUUGUGCUUAAUUCUUGGUUUUAAGAGAGAAACGUACAUACACCUCUACGUAUUUAUUGCGGUUAAGUUAAGGGUCGUAACAGUGAUAGUCUAUAAUAAUAUAGAAAAUAAGACUUUCCAAUUUUAAUCUAGGCUGCGUUUUUCAUAUGUAAAAACGUAUUUAUAUAAAUAAAUGAGUAGAUCGCAGUUAAUAAGAAGUUUGCAUACUAUCAUGUAGACUGAUAUGCAAGUAAAAGUCAUAAACAUUUGUAAUUAUUCUUAUUUGAUUAUAUAAAUAAUUGACUUUGAGACAGAGACUUUUUAUAAUGUUGUUUAUGUUUAAAGUUGAACAAAAUACUAUAAAAUAAUUUAAAAUAAAAUGGUGCCGUACACUAUCAAGCGAUGAAGCUCACAUAA